AUGUCCCAUCCACAGGCCACAGCGGUGCACCUGUGCUGCGGCACGUGGGGGAGCGUGGCCGUGGGCUUCUUCGCCUCGCCAGCAGCAGUGCAGCGCACCUACCAGUUCUCCGACCCCGUGCCCUGCGGCCUCUUCUACGGCUGCGGCGGCUCACAGCUGCUCGUGCAGAUCCUGGGCCUUCUAUUGGUGUACGCGUGGGUGGGCCUCUCGUCCUUUGUCCUGUUCUACGCGCUGCACUAUUUCGACGUGUUGCGAGUCAAGAGGCACGAGGAGGAGGUGGGGCUGGAUGUGGCAUUCCACGGGGGCAACGACGAUGACGAGGCGUUUGACGUGGUGGAGGAUGGCGACAGCAUGGCACGCAGGCUGCUGACGUGGCGCAAGCUGCAGCAUGUCUCAACGCUCUUCUCCCGAGCAGCCGCCAAGAACACCAGCCGCCACAACGGGUACGGCCCAACCGGGGCGGCAGGCAGGGACGGCAAGGGCGGCAAGGGGGGCGGCAAGGGCGGCAGCCUGAGCCAGCUGGCGCAGAGCCUGCACCCCAAGGGGUGGAACGUGGGGGAGAGGAAGGCGCGGCGGCCUGUGUGGCACAAGGCACUGGAGGGCACGCACCUGGGGCGAUUCUCGCUGGCCAUGUAUGAGGCCAACUAUAUCAUGGAGGACACUGUUGAGGUGCAAUCGUCGAGUCGCGGGGUGUUCAUCGGGAUUCACGAUGGGCACAACGGGAGUGAGGCGGCGGAGUUUCUACGGGAAACACUGUACAACAACAUCAUGAGCGAGUGCACGGAGGGCAACGGGGUGUCAGUGGAGGCGUUGCGGAAGGGCUUUGACGCAACAGAGAGGCAGCUGGCGGCCAUUGUGAGGGAGGCGUUUGAGGAGAGCCCGCACCUGGCCAUGGUGGGGGCGUGCUCUGUGGCCGCCCUCAUCACCCCCACUGCCAUCUGGGUCGCCAAUGUCGGCGACUGUCGCGCCGUGCUGGGUCAGGUGCGGCAAGUGUCAGACGGGGUGGAGUGCCGAGCAGUGCAACUAUCAACGGACCACAACCUGUCAGUGCCGGCCAUCAGAGAGAAGUACAUCGCGGAGCAUGCCGACAUGCCCGAUGCCGUUGUUGAGCGCCGCGGCCGCUUCCGUGUGAAGGGCAAAGUGAUGGUCACCAAGGCCUUUGGCGACCUCUAUCUCAAGUCCACCGACUUCAAUCGGGAGCCCCUCGUGUCGCGCUUCCGAGUGCCGGAGCCCUUCAACCCGCCGCUCAUCUCCGCCGACCCCUCCGUGGCCGUGCGCGUCUUCUCGCCGCACGACUCAUUUGUCAUCGUGGCCUCCGACGGGCUCUUUGAGUUCCUCUCCAACCAGGAGGCCGUCAACAUCGUCGCCAGCAGCCCUAGGAAGGACGUGGCUCGCCAGCUAAUCCGGACGGCGCUGCAGCGGGCGGCAGAGAAGACGGAGAUGCUGUACAACGACUUACUGCGCAUGCCGUCCGGGCAGCGGCGGGACUACCACGAUGACAUCAGCGUUGUCGUCUUCUUCCUGGACCAUGAUGCCAUGCAGCGAUCCUCUCAUAGCUUCUGGAAGAAGGAUGUGUCCAUAAAGGGUGGCUCCACCCUUAUCUCCUUCCCUCCCCCCCUCCCUGCUCCCCCCUGCGUCCCCCUUCUUUCCCCCCCCCUCCAGGACGUGUCUAUAAAGGGCGGAUCAGCAGCCUCCUCUCUCCUGGCCGCCCCCACCAUCUCCGGUGCUGACGUGCACAACAUCUCCAGCAUACGUGGCGCCACGUCAGCGCGCGACGCGCUGGCAGAUGCGCGGGCGCAGCAGGGGGAGGCUCCACCUCAGGGCAGCCCCACGUGGCAGGCAGGGUCGGUUUCUGAGGCGCUUCAAAGGCAAGGCAGCGCCAGCUGGCGGCCAAGCUCAGUUUCUGAGGCGCUUCAGAAUCAAGGCAGCGCCAGGUGGCAGGCAGGCACAGUUCCCGAGGCGCUUCAAAGGCAGGGCAGUGCCAGUUGGCAGGCAGGCUCAAGGGAAGCCGAAAGGGAGGUUCUAGGAGUCGGCAACGGGGGGUGGGGGGAAGGUGCAGGGAGGAGCGGGCUAGUGGGUGUGGGUGGGUCAGGGAGCAGCAAAGGUGGGGCUUGGAGGGAAGAGGAAAGGAGCAUGUCGGGGAGCCGCCGGCAUGCUGGUGAUGCGCUGGUGGGGUUGACUGUGCCUGAGGAUGCUGUAGUGGACGUCAGCCAAUUAGGGCCCGCCAGCUGA